AAGCGCAACUAUAUUUGCAUGGUCCCUUUAAAGUAACUUUGUAGUUUAAAAAUUAUUUUAUGGUAGAAAUAAUUUCCUGUAUAUAAAUAAGCUCGGUAAUUACCUCAAUGGAAUAAUGCCCACAUGUUUCAAGUAUCUAAUGCCUUGUUUAAAAAGGAAUUAAGUUUAACCUUCGAUUGGAUCCUCUUGGACUAUUUCUACACUUACUUUGGGAGAUAUAAAAGAGGCUUCACGAGUAGUAUUCACCAAUACGUGGCAGGAAGCCGACAAGGAAUACGUCCGUAGAGAUGGGUCUUCAAAGUCACUUGUCCGUAACUGUUUUGCUGUGUCUGUGCGUCGCAAAUACCACAUUCUCUCUGAGAGGCUUUCUUCACCCGACUGACGACCCAUGCAGUAGUCUCCCCGUCACCUACCGGAGAGAUUGGCAAGCUCGAUCCCCCCUGGAUAGCGUAGACAUGACGGGACACAAGCACGUUGUCUUAGUUCACCAAACUAGGACCUCAUCCUGCAAUGCGGUCCUGCGCUGUGAGGAAGUGAUGCAAAAUAUCCAGAAUUACCACAUGGACACCAAGGGUUGGAACGACAUUGGAUACAACUUUGCGAUUGGCGGAGACGGCUCGGUCUACGAAGGGCGUGGCUGGAAAACCGCGGUACCACAAACCGAUGAAGCUUCCUACGACCCCCAUGUUGCGAUCAUCGCCUUCAUUGGGACCUACGUAAAUAACCUGCCCAGUGAAAGAAUGUAUGACCGCUUCGAACAGUUGCUCCUGUGCGGUAUGCGGAGGGGUCAACUCAUCGAAAACGUGUUGGUCUGUUUCCGGUUCGCCUCCGAGACCGUGGGUUGGAAGAACGAUAUCGGAAACUGCACAACGAUGUCGAAAACAGAUAUCUUGUGAACUGGUCGUCUUUUUGAGACCGUGGGAGGGGGCACUGCCGGCUCGGUGUGGCUUGAGCAGAGCUUCAAUGAAUAGAUGUGGUGUGAACAGAUUCCCAAAAACAUGUUCAGAGGGAAACUGCCAAGAGGGCAUUCUAGCAGAUCUUCCAAGCUCCAUCCAUUGUCUGAUGGGGGGGAUCACACACAACACUUUCCAUAUAUAUCCGGCCCAAGUAAAGAUAAAACUAAAAUCAAAGUUGAAAAUUUGUAUCUGUAGUAUUCUUGUCUAGAAGUCAAUUAAGAGGUGAAGUCAAAUAUCUUAAAGUUCUUCGAGGUUUGUUCCCUAUUAAUUAUUUCUUACUAGCGUGCUCUUCUUAUAGAUAUGGUAUGAAAGAUUAUACAACUCACAUUUACAGGUGGGGGGCAUUUUAAACGGUAUUCUGGAAAAGCUUGGGAGAAAAGGUUAAAGACUCUAUGUAACUCUGAAUAAAUGAAAUAAAACUUAAUUGGACGAAAGCAUUCAA